UCAGCAGUCCCGCAGCCCACCUUCUCCAUGCCCGUCACAGUGCCCGUGUCCAAUCAGAACGCAGCACUGCAGUUCAGCAACAACCCUGGCGGCGCAUUGGUCACCACGACCUCCUUCCUUACCUCCGCCCUCACAGACCCCCGCCUCCUGUCGCCACAGCAACCAACUCUGCAUAGGAACACUGUGUCGCCUGGGUUACCGCAGCGACCAGCCAGCGCAGGUGCCCUGUUAGGAGAUAUGGGGAAUUCAAAUGGAGCGUGCCCGAGUCCUGUCCCUAACGGCUACAUCAGCGCCAGGGCCUCCCCGGGCCUCCUCUCCGUAUCCAACGGCAACAGCCUGGGGAAAGUUGUCCAGGCCAAAUCUCCGCCUCCGCCCAGCCCUCAGAUGAACAGCCGCAAGCCGGACCUGAGGGUCAUCACCUCGCAGAGCAAGAGCCUCAUGCAGCUGACAGAGGAAGAGCUGGAGUUGGUGAGUGAGAAUGCUCAGCGGCUAGGCGUCUCCCAGUCGCUCACCACACCUGUGGUCUCCGUGGCAACACCCAGUCUCCUCGCUCCCUUCUCCGGCAUGCAGACAGCCUACAAUACGGAGUACCAGCUGACGAGUGCAGAUCUCACCGCGCUGCAGACGUUCACACCGUCCAUGGCUGCCUGGCAACAGCAACCAGUGGUCUCCCAGCAACAGCAGCAGCAGCAGCAGCAUCAGCAGCAACAACAACAGCAGCAACAGUCGAGUCAGAUGAGCCUGGCGUCGCUCAGUAACUUGGUCAUGUGGGGUGCAGAGAAACAGAAUGCAGAGAUGGUUAACUGCAUCUCCAAUUUUGCUGCUAACCUGAGCUUGGCCUCUCAGUCCAACUUGCUCUUUGGCAGGGAGGACGGCCUCUGCUGGCCGAUGGGUCAACUCUCUCAAGGCGGCGCACUGACCGUCAACACGAACCCCAACAUCAACAUCAAGUCCGAACCCGUGUCUCCGAACCGUGACCGAAGCACCCCCAGCUCCACCUGCGGAGGAGGAGGAGGAAUGGGAGGAGGAAUGGGAGGAGGAGUCGGCCAGAUUCAGCUCCAGGGACAGGGUCUAGUUUCGGUGGCGUACCCGGGUACCCUUCGUCUGGAGGUCGGAGGUCAGGGACGCUCGCCAGUCGACAGCCUCAGCAGCAACGGCAGUUCGUACGAUGGCAGCGAUCGGGACGACGGGAACCAGGGAAGAGGAGGCGCUCCGACAGAUUUCCUCCACCAGGGCGGCGUCGGGGGGCAACAACAACCCACCAUGGUCCUCCUGAGGCCCUCAUCGGCUGAACCCCAGGAGCAGGACGGGACCAACGUGAAGAGGAUGCGACUGGACACCUGGGUCACAUGAAUCCGCAGAGGGACGGACGGACAGAUGGAGGAUUGAGAUGGAGAUGUGUACUUGUGGCUUGUGUACAUGCCCCCCACCAGCCCUGAUGCCCCCAAUUUCCUUCGUCGUGCACACACAAACACACACACAUAUAUUUAUACACCGUUUAUACAUCGACCCAGUAACCUACACGGGAAACGCUGACCUCACACAGCAUGCUGACACCGUCAACACAUUUGAACUCUGAUGUAUUUUCACUCACACAAGCCCCGACGGGUAGAGCCACCAAACCAGGGAAUAUUUGUCUAAACAUUAUUCAGAUACAUUUGAAUAGAAGUUUUUAAAUCAGGCCACAAACCUAAAUUUGGCCACUUUGACUGUUUCACCCGACAUGUUGACAACUGCUGGUUUCCCAGCAUGCCCUGCGUUUGGAUAUUCUGUCUGUGCUGCACUGCGUUGAGUCAGUGCCACCGAGUGAGUCGUCACCACGGUUGCAUUGUUAUCGCUGUAGAUUCUCGGGCCGUUUGUUGCUGUUUUUAAAGCGUGGAGUUUUUCUUUUUGUUGUCCUAGACUGUUGACCUUUAGCGUUUGGAUUUGUCUGACUUUGGAAUAUGAAGACACUAAAAGAGAAACUCUUUCCCCAGCCACGAGACUGAUGACCCCCCCCCCCCCCCCCCUUUUCCCCUCCUGGGUCCUAUAUGUAAUCCCAACCAUGCAGACUAGCUGUAAAAACCAGGGACGAGGUAAAAUACUUUUCUUUGAAUCAGGGACGAGCUGCACCGGCUCAACAACACAUGACGCAGAAUCCCAGCUUCGCCCUCACCUUGUCAACUGCAGAUGCUGAGAAAGGUGUGUGUGUGUUUGGUGUGUGUUUGGUGUGUGUUUGGUGUGUGUGUGUGUGUGUGUAUGGUUUGUUACCUCGUUUUUUAACAAAGUGAUGUGGGGCAAAAUGUUCAUUCUCAAUUUCAUCCUGGAGCACACACCUGCGAUGCACACAGCUGAAUUUAUUUUUGUGUUUUGAAUAGAUAGCUGAUGUUCAAAGGGGGCGGUUGGCGAGGUACCGUGUAUAUAAGCAAUCUGUAAUCUUUGUGGCUUUUGUGUGACAGGGAUAGGGUGUUUUUGAAGGUAUAGAUCAUACAGUAUGAUACAAGUAUAUAUUUAAACAGGCGGGCAGCUCUGCAUCGGGGGCGGGACAAUAGACGACAGGGAUUGUAUAUACAAACUAUAUAUCGGCAGGAUAUCCCUUAACAGGAAAAAAAAUAGCAAACGCAUUGAUUCUCAGCGGAUCUGUCUCUUUUUUUAUUUAUAUUUAUGCGUGUAUAUAAAGUGUAAUAUGUGGACGAGCCUCAAGAGGGAGCUGUAGAAAGGGAAAACGUAGCCGCGGUGACUCGGACUGUUUUAGAGAGAGAACGGUUAGGACUCCGUCACUGAUGGAGCGCACUUUACCUGAACCCCACCCUGACCCAUGGACACACACACACACACACACACACACACACACACACACACACACACACACACACACACACACACACACACACACACACACACACACACACACACACACACACACACACACUCACCGCCAGUUUAAACAGAUACACCUGCUUUUCAAAAUCUGACAUUCAGCAGAUACAAAUCAAUCUUUGCACUAUUUAUUAAAUUCUCAAAGUUAAUGUAUUUAUUAUCAACCAAUCAGAGCUCCCAUUAGCAUUCUGCAGUUCGGACCACCUUUAAUAUUUUAUUAAAAAGUUAAAUUAAAUACGAGUUAAAAGAAGACAAUAUUAAGGAAAGGGAAAUUAGUAAAUUAAAUAUUUCUACGAGGUAAUAAUUAUUUAAAAAUAUCAAAUUAUUUUUAAAUUAAAUACAAUAUCAAAAGUACAACUUCUGAUAAGGUUUCUUUAAUUUAUAUAUUUAUUAAAUAUGAUUCAUUUGCAAAUGUGAUAAUCAUUUUAUUAUGUUUUCCUCCAAAAAUAGUACAUCCACCUAAAAAACAUUCAUGAUACAGAUUUCUAAAUAUUAAUGAAAACCAAUGAAGAAAUUCCAUGAUUUGGAAACAUCAUUGUUUUCCCAGUUCUAGCUCCGUCACAUUUCCAUCAGUCCGGUGUCCCAUGAUGGUCUCACUUCCCCCCAAGAAGCUUUCCACUUUUUUAAAAAUGUUUGCGGAUAUAAUCUCUACUUAUUAUAAGUACUUUUGGCAUAUCAAAGUGUUGAGUAUUUGCAGUGUCAGUAUAAUAAUGCUAAGUAUUUUCUGUCACGGACAUAUCAGAGCGAACACACAGAGAGUAUUGAGCUUUUUUUACCCCCCCCUGACCUUUCCUCUCGGUAUAAGCCAUGUAUUAUCUUUCCUUCGUGUGUCACUGGUUGGCUGUACUUUUAUAUUUACGACUAUGAAGGUAAAAGAAAAUGUGAAGGAUGUCAUUUUUGUAAGGGGGGGAUUUUUGGGUUUAGCGGGUAGAAUUGGUUAAGAGUACAAAAGUAUUUAUUUCGUCUCUUCUCCGUCGCUUUGCUCGUUAGAAGUUUCGGACGCAGGGUCGGGGUCUCGUUAAGCCGAGGGUCACAGAACCAGAUCUUUAAUGACUGCCUCCCAAAUCCAACACACACUUUUCAACUUUCGACACGUCCCCUCCGCCCCGUCACUCACUCAGUUGGUUUUUAAAUCUCACACACACACACACACACACUUUUAAACACACUACUUGAGGCUGCACAAUUUCAAAACAUUACGGAUCACAUUUGAAACAUCAUUCAAAUGUUUUUACUAUCUUUUAAAAUAUGUUUGUUGGGCAACCAGUGCCUUUAUUGCAGAGACAGAGUUUUAAAACGGAGGGGAUGAAUAUAUUUAAAAAUAUAUUUAUAAUAUAUCAUCUUUCCUGGUUUCCUUGGGUCUCAUUUAACACAUGUAUGUCAGAAUAAGGGGAUAUUUCAUCUAAUUGCCACAAAAUAAUAACAUGGAUGAUUCUAUACUACGAUCUUCGCAAGAAAAGGUUGUGAUCACUUCCCACGUUGAACUGUGAGUGCUUAAUUCAAAUGAAAGGCAUCACCGGGUCGGUUCUGAAUAACAUUUGAAAUACACUUUUUUAAAACGUAGUUUCACUCUGUUCUACACUUAAGUCCUUUUUGAAGAGGAUCUGAAACAAACACCAUAUUUUAUUAGGUCUUCAGAAUACCAAGACUUUUCUAAAAAUACUUAAUUCAGAUAUUUCUUAUAUACUACUAAAUAUUUAGCUUGGCCAUCGCACCACGUAAUGCAAAUCCAUAAAAUGUUGAUCGAUUGUGCAGCCUCUCCGUUUACUCCGUCCAGAGAGCAGGCGUCGUAUCCGUCCUCCUCACACACACACACACACACACACACACACACACACACACACACACACACACACGAACACACACACACACACACACUUUGACUGUUAAGACUGUUGUACCCUGAGCUUCGAACAAAAACAAAACAAAAAAACAAGAUGGCUUUGUUUGUUUGUCGGUGAUGGAGCGGGUUUUUGCAAAAACAGACACGACAAUCGUGCGGAGAAAUGGUUUGGCACCCCCCCCCCCCCCCCCCCCCCCCCGCCCUGAAUUGAAGCUCCUGUGUAAUGAUGUUUAGAAGUCUCACUUUCCAGUGUUAAUCUGUGCUGGUGACAGUCUGUUUUUAAUUGUUCUCUGAAAAGUGAUAUUAUUAUAUUCAUCAUCACGACCACAGCUCUCACGGAUGGCAGCUGUCAUGAUGGUAUGGAUUUUUUUUUUGUGUAGGUUAUAGGCAUUUUUUGGAUUUUAUUUUAUUAUAUAAAAAUAUUCUAUAAAUAUAUUUUUUGUUUUUUUUGGGGAUUUAUUUUCUUCUUCAAAAAAGGGUGUUACUAAUGUUGCACGAUUUCUAUGAACACAAGCGUAGUGAUACUAGUACACGUGUGGCGAAACGCUUCAAUGCUGCGACUUUGAGUCCAAUGUACAAACACACACACACACACACACGCUAACAUGGGACACACGCACACACACGUCUAACUUAUUUCUGACCAGACACAAUGAUGUCAAUGCAUGGGCGAAGAGUGAAUCAUGUUAUAGGAACUACACAUGUCAUAUCCACACAAAUAUACAACACACAGGAAAAAAAAAAUGGAAGAAAAAAGUUUAAAAUAAAUUAUAGCUAAUAUAUUGUGUUCGGCUAGUCUGCUUUUUCGUUGUAAAGAAACUUUUUUUGUUGUUUUUUUUGGAGAAUGAUAUACAACUUGUGUAUAUUUUCAUAAAUAAAGUAUGCACUGAUAUGUUAUUACAAAUUCUAUACUGCUUUUACAAAAAAAAGUGUUUGUUAUUGUACCAAAGUAUCCAUUGGUCCCCUCUUACCCGCCCCCCCUUUUUGCGUAUGUUUUACCGUAUUUUAUAUAUUAAAUAGACAAGUUGACCUACA